GGCGCAUGCGCGGCGCGGGGCGGGGCCGGGCGAGCAGCGCGGAGGAGGAAGGCGAGAAAAUGGCGUCGACGGAUUACAGUACCUAUAGCCAAGCUGCAGCCCAGCAGGGCUACAGCGCCUAUGCACCUCAGCCAGCCCAAGGAUAUGCACAGACCACCCAGAAUCCAAGUUACUACAACCACAUUUGUCUGCAAACUCCAAGUAUGUUUCCAAAGACCUACGGGCAGCAGAGCUACGGGACCUACGGGCAGCCCAGCGACGUCAGCUACACACAGCCGCAGACCACGGCCACGUACGGGCAGACGGCCUACGCCACCUCCUACGGGCAGCCCCCCACAGGUUACAGCGCCCCGACUGCCCCCCCUGCCUACAGCCAGCCCGUGCAGGGCUACGGCAGCGCCGCCUACGACACCAACACGGCCACGGUCACCAGCAGCCAGAGCUCGUACGCCGCGCCCGCCGCCUACGGCACCCAGCCCGCAUACCCCGCCUACGGGCAGCAGCCGGCCCCGGCCGCCCCCGCCAGACCCCAGGAUGGCAGCAAACCAGCAGAGACCAGCCAGCCUCAGUCCAGCACGACAGGCUACAGCCAGCCCAGCCUGGGCUACGGGCAGAGCAACUACAGCUACCCCCAGGUGCCUGCCAGCUACCCCAUGCAGCCUGUCACUGCUCCACCCUCCUACCCUCCGACCAGCUAUUCCUCCACACAGCCCAGCAGUUACGAUCAGAGCACUUACUCCCAGCAGAGCAGCUACGGGCAGCAGAGCUCCUACGGGCAGCAGAGCAGCUACGGCCAGCAAAGCAGCUAUGGCCAGCAGCCACCUCCCACCAGUUACCCACCUCCCAGCGGAUCCUACAGCCAGGCCCCCAGCCAGUACAGCCAGCAGAGCAGCAGCUACGGCCAGCAGAGCUCGUUCCGCCAGGACCAUCCCAGCAGCAUGAACAUGUACGGGCAGGAAUCCGGAGGCUUCUCCGGCCCCGGAGAGAGCCGGAAUCUGAGCGGCCCCGAUAGCCGGGGCAGGGGACGAGGGGGAUAUGAGCGUGGAGGCAUGAGCAGAGGUGGGCGGGGAGGAGGACGCGGUGGAAUGGGGUAAGAGCAAAGCUUUUCUCCUUUUCUCUAAUUCUGGUUUACCCAUAGGAUUUGAAACGCAGAAGAAGGGACUGAAAGGUUGACGUUCCCAGCUGUGUUUCCAUGGAGGACAUGUCUGUGUAGCAGCGUUGCUUGUCAUCCAUGGAAACAUUAUCCUGAGGGAAAUAGGAGCAGGAUGGUUUGUCCUGCAGCUGGUUGGGCCCCCAGGG